CUGCACAACACCCCGCUACACUUUAAGCAGAGUUAUUAAAUUUCAUUUAUAAAUAUACCGAACAAGCAUAGAAUAGACAAUCCCUGCUACAUACACUAGUCAUUGGCUUAAUCUUUAAGGAGCCAUUAAAGAAGAAAUUGAAUUGAAGAGACAGUUAAAAGUUUCAGCUCAGCUCACUAGCCUAUCAUGACUUUUAGCUCUUUUGACGGUGUCAUAUCUGAAAUACCAGGAAUUGCCGUGGACAACUUUGAGAAUGCGAACAAAAGAGCAUAUUUCUUGAGUCACUGCCACCGAGACCACACACAAGGCUUAUCAAGUCUAAACUUGUUAAGACACCUGCGGGAAGACAACGUACACAUUUAUACUUCCGUAGUAUCAUCGGCGAUUAUUUCAUCGACAGCAGAUUUUGCAGCUGUGAAAGAAUAUGUCGUACCUCUUUCAUUAGGUACUAAAACUGUAAAGCUUGAAGAGACAGAACAGCAUAAAGAGUCUUACAUACAAGUCACCACUAUACCGGCUGGACACUGCUUCGGUUCCGUAAUGUUCCUAUUCAAAACACUCAACAAGACCAUUCUCUUCACUGGAGACUUCCGGAUAAGUCUUAACGAUGUCUCCAAAUUGGGACAACUGCAUGACCGGAACGGGGACCCAAUUAAUAUUGACAGAAUGUAUGUUGACACAACUUUCUUCAAUGCAAAGUAUGAGAAUUUCCCUAAAAGAAGUGAAUGUGUCAAUUCUGCUUUGGUGGAAAUUAAGAAUUGGUUAGAAAGCAGUAAAGAUAAUUAUGUAGCUUUGCAUCCUUCCGCAAGAUUUGGGUACGAAUUUGUGUUCAAUGAGAUUUUCGAACAGCUGGGAAUGAAAGUGUAUGUCGGUGGAGAUUGGACUUUGUAUAGAUUGUUCCCGAAAGAAGUUCCCGGUGUAACCGACGAUCCGAUAGUGACAAGAAUCCACAGUUGUUCUAAUCGAAACGACAGACAUUUACACAGAUGUCUCCCUUAUGACACUAGCAACAAGAGCUAUCUUUACGUGCACCUUUCAGCUAUGAAAUGGGAUAAUUUUAGCAUAGAAGAUAUGACCUUCCAAAGAAUUUCGGAGAACAGAAUUGAUAUAUGUUUUCCUACGCACUGCAGUAGAAGCGAGUUGGUCAAUUUUGUUAGUUACUUUUCACCAAAACAAGUGACAGGUUUCCCCAAUAAGUAUGAAAUGGAGACUGUUAAGAGACGUAGUAAUGUGGUUUUUAGACCACCCAAGAGAGUGACUUGUAGAGAAAGAGAUGUGAAGAGAAUGAAAAGAGAUAGUUGAUACUGGUAAAAUAGAUGGUUCAAAAUGCUAAAAUUUUGUAUCUUUUAUGUUAGGUUUUAAAGUUAUUUUUUGUGAGAAAUGUGACUUAUUAUGGCAUUUGAAGCUCCUAAGAGAGUAACUCAAGUAGAAAGUAAUGGAAAGAGAAUUAAAAGAG